GCCAUGGCGGGAGGCGGAGGCCGCCGCGGCUCCUGCCGCCCGGGACGGGCCCGCUCCGCUGGGGAGGCCCGAGCAGGUGCCGCCCUCUCUCCCCCGAGGCGCAGGUCUGAGAGGAAUGCAACUUCUACCGCUCAGCCCCUGUCCCAGGGGAAACCAGUCUUGGUCGCAAGCAAAACAGCAAGCAGCCCGCAUCCAGGCCCGUUUGUGAUGCGGCCGAUAACCCUGAAAAAGAUCGUGCCACGAAACCGGCAGAUCAAGGUGACUGCCGGAACUCCCCGCCGGAGUCCAAGGAUCUCCUUAAAAGAAGACAAGGAGAACAUGCCGCUGGGAGCCGUGAAGGGUAAAAGUCCCGUUAGAAGUGUUACCAAGAUGGAAUUGAAGCUUUCUCCCCCACGCUGCUCCUCAGAUCCUGAGAUGGGGGCCUCCCUGGGAGUGACAGACGACCUGUCUCCGGUCGGUACCAACGCACAUGGCUCCCCGCUGGGCGAUGAGCGGGACCUGGCCAUGGCCAAAAGGGUGCGGCGGUCCUACAGCCGCUUGGAAGUCUCCCUGAGCCAUAGCUUCCAGGUGAGCCAGGAGUCUCCCAGCUCUGAUCUCUCGGACACCUCCACACCCAACCAUGGCCCGGGCAAGCGGCAAACGCUCUUUGGCUUUGAGAAGCUCCUGGUCCCAGGUCUGCUGGCUGACGUGUCUCCCGUGAACGCCAGCACCACCCAGAAGUUGGCAGCGAUCGCUCCGGCACCUGGCACCCUUUGUGUGCCAGACAACGACAUCCCGGGGAUUUCGUUUGUCAAGGAAAAACGGAGGAAGAAAAAGAUGCCACAGUUUGAUAAAUCAGAACUGGAUGAAUGGGCAACCCAAAUGAACGCCGAGUUUGAAGAAGCAGAGAGAUUUGACCUCCUUGUGGAAUGAAGGCGCCUCCUCUACUGGGACGCCGUGUAUCGGUUGCCUCAGAGCUGUGUACAUAAUCUAGGGCCUGCCAGGGGGGAACUCCUCAGUUCCCCAAACCUGAAAAACAGUAAAUCGCUUCGCUUGCAGAUGGACUUUGUGGCAAAAGCUGCCGGCUGCUCUUUUUGUAGAUGGUCCUGAAACGUUGUACAGCUCUAACGUACUUGGAGAUGAUUUUCUUUGGGGCUGAAAGCCAUUGGGGAGCGGGGGAGCUAUUGGCUACAUCCCACGUACUAAUUGCUUAAUGGAAGGGUGAGCAUUUGAAACGCCUUGUCUGCCUGUAAAGCUACGCAGGAUCCAGCUUGUGUUUUCAGUUUCCCUCUGUCUUUCAAAGGACUCUUAGCUGGGGUUUUGCCUUUUCUGCAUAGGAAGCCAGUAAAAAUGACUUGUUUGUUGGAAUUAUGUGCUGUUGUAUAAAGACUUUUCCUCGCUGA